ACACUCAAUGUUUGUAAACAAAAUAAAAAAAUUCAUUUUCAUGAUAAUUCGGAUAUUUCUCAUGAAAAAUGGAAACUAGUUAUAGAUUGAAUAAUAAAGUAUGUAGAGUAUGUUUAGAGGAAGGGAUCUUCACAUCAAUAUUCAGUGCAGAUUUUGCAAUAUCACCUUUUGUAAUGCUACAGAGUUUAGAAUUAAAAGUUUAUGAAAGUGAUCCAAAUUUACCAAUAGGAAUUUGCAAUCAAUGCUACUAUAGAUUAUCCUUAGCUUACCAUUUUAAGCAACAAUGUGAAAGUAGUGAUAUGAGAUUAAGACAAUAUUUCGGAAUAAGAUAUUUUGAUACCAAGCGGGAUGCAACAACAAACACAGACUUUCCUUUAGUCAUAAAUAAAGAAAUAGACGACGAGGAAGAUGAAUCAAAGUUAAAAAAAGUAAAAAGCAAAAGAAGGAGCCGAUAUAAACCCAAAACAGAAUUAAAAAAACGUGGCCCGAAGCCGACACCAAAAGUUGUACAAACAUGUUUUCAUUGCAAUAAAACUUUCAAAUGUGUAGCACAACUGCAGAUGCAUCUGAGAACGCAUACUGGUGAACGUCCGUAUCAGUGCGAUUAUUGUCCGCAUCGAUUCGCUCAAAAACACAAUCUUGUUAUCCAUGUAAGAACUCAUACUGGAGAAAGACCUUUUCAAUGUGAGAUUUGCUCGAAGCAAUUCAGCGCUCACGGUAAUUUUAUUGCGCACAAGAAAAUUCAUUCCGGUGUGAGAGAUCAUGUCUGUCCAGUUUGUAACAAAACAUUUAUCACAUCAUCAGAUCUUUCUCGCCAUCUUUCAACACACACAGGAAUUAAAAAUUAUCAGUGUGACAUUUGUAAUAAAGCAUUCACAAGAAACAGAGAUAUGGUGAUGCAUAAAAGAAAAAUUCAUCUAAAUGAAAGGUCCCCAGUGACAUCUUACAAAUGUGCAGAAUGUCGAAAAGUUUUUUCAUCUGGUGACACUCUUCAACUUCACGUUGCCAAAGAUCACAUUCAACAAGUUCCAGUUCCACCCGAAAUUCCACCAAAUAUCCCAAAUAUUGAACAACAUCCAAUUCAUAAUCUUCCAGGAGCUCAUCAAGCUUUAAUGCAUCAUCAUCCCCAUCAUCAAGCGUUGAUUCAACCGCCACUUCUUCCGCCCGGAAUGGGUUAUCAUCAAAGAUUACAUCCAUAUUAAUAAAGUUAGCUAACGUCACUUUCCUUUUCAUUUUUAUUUUCAGUUGUUGUUAAGUAGUCUCUGAUACAUAACAUUCAUAAAUCAUUCUUGCACUUAAAUCAAUAUUUAUGAACAUGUGAACAAAGAUACAUUAUCAAGAUACAAAGAAAAAACACAGAAAUAAAAUAUGAAAAUCCUAAACUUUCUUCAAUGAGAAAAGUAGAAAUUUUCUUUCGAUGUAACACGCACUCAUCUCAAAAUGAUAAAACAUGUGGU